UCCUCACCACAACCUCACCCUGGAUCACACAGAGUAGACAAGGAGCGAGCAGUCAAGAUCCCCUCGUUAGUCGCAUGCAGACUGAUAGAGGGGUAUAGGCAGCCAGUAUAUUUUCUGUGUUUAGGCUACUUAAUUCUGACGACUGAAUAUUUUGCCCUCUCUUGAACAUAAUGUGGAGAGACAACCGGCAUUAAAAGUGUUCUCGGCAGACAUUCGAAGACCUCGCAUAAUUCAUUCGUGACGGACCCCACUGCUGCAUGCCUCUUGUUUAAAAUUCUGCAAUUGUUAAACCGGCGCCUGCUGCCCUCAAAGCUCUCAUCUUGUACCACUCGCCUGCGGUUUUGACUAAUCCACGGGGCAGUGGGAUCCGACUACAGAGCAUCUUUAGGAAUCACGGCGAGUUGAGUCCAAGUUCUAUUACCAGGAGUUUACCAUGACAGCCACUAAGGAGGCGGCGCAGCCGAAUCAGAGACAGAAGCCACCGCCGAAGGAUGAUGAGGAGGACCUUGGUGCGGGAGCUCCACCUGAGAGGAACUGGAAAGGGAUUGCUAUUGCUCUGCUGGUUAUAUUGGGGGUCUGCUCUCUCAUCACCAUGUCUGUCAUCCUCCUCACUCCAGCGGAGAACCAAGCUGGCAGUGAUACCAAACUCACAGUGGAAGAUCUGUUCAAGCCUGAGUUUGUGGUCCACGACCCAGAGGCCAAAUGGAUCAAUGACUCAGAAGUGAUCUACAGGAAUCGCGAUGGCCACGUAAUAAAGUUUAACAUCCUCACCAAUGAGACUGAAAUUGUACUGACAAACACAACAUUUGUCAAUUUCAAUGUUGCAAAGUACUCUGUUUCCCCGGACUUGAAAUAUGUGCUCUUUGCCUAUGAUGUUAAACAGGUUUACCGGCAUUCAUACAUGGCCUCAUAUAGCAUUUAUAACAUCCACACAAGGGAGGUAUGGGAGCUGGAUCCUCCAGAGGUGCUGAAUUCUAUUCUACAGUACGCUGCAUGGGGAGUACAGGGCCAGCAACUUAUCUACAUAUUUGAGAACAAUAUUUACUACCAAUCAGAUGUGAAGAGCAACUCCCUCAGACUGACAUCGUCUGGAAAGGAAGGGGUCAUUUUCAAUGGGAUCGCUGACUGGCUGUACGAGGAGGAGAUUCUCCAGUCCCAUAUAGCACACUGGUGGUCACCGGAUGGAGAGAGGUUGGCCUUCCUGGUCCUCAAUGACACUCUGGUGCCCAAUAUGGCCCUUCCUCGCUUCACUGGCGCUUCAUACCCCAAAGGAAAGCAAUACCCCUACCCUAAGGCUGGCCAACCCAACCCCACAGUGAAGUUAUACGUGGUGAAUCUGUACGGGCCGACACACACACAGGAGCUCACACCACCAGACAGCCUCAAACUAAGGGAGCACUAUGUGGCCAUGGUCAAUUGGAUCAGUAAAACCAAGACGACGGUCAGGUGGAUGAACCGUGCCCAGAAUGUGUCCAUCCUGACCGUGUGUGAGACCACCACGGGGGCCUGUGUUAAGAGGCAUGAGGAGGCCUCAGAGCUCUGGCUUUCAAAACAGAACCAGGAACCAGUGUUCUCCAGGGACGGCAGCAUAUUCUUCCUGACGGUGCCCGUCAAGCAAGGCGGGCGUGGAGAGUUCCAUCACAUCGCCAUGUUCACCACACAGUUCAGAGCAGAUCAAAAUGAGGUCCGCCAUCUAACAUCAGGGAACUGGGAAGUAACUAAGAUCCUGGCCUAUGAUGAGAGCAACGACAACAUAUAUUUCCUCAGCACUGAAGGCUCACCGCGAAGAAGACAGCUUUUCAGUGUGAAGACUGUGGGGUUGUUCCCUCGACACUGUCUGACGUGUGAGCUAAAUAAGGCCCACUGUCUGUUCUUCAAUGCUGAGAUAAGCCCCAGUGAUCAGCAUAUCAUCCUCCACUGUAAAGGUCCCGGAGCACCCACUGUGAUCUUACACAGCCUCAAUAAUGCCAAUUAUUACAUACUUGAGAACAACUCUUUACUGAAGGCAGCUUUAAAGGUCAAGAGGAUUCAGGUCACGGAUUUCAGAACAAUCCAGAUGGAACAUUUUGAUCUGCCUUUGAAGAUCUCUUACCCACCAGACUUUUCUGAAUCGCGUCACUAUGGCUUGCUAUUGAUAGUCGAUGGCUCCCCCGGUGGCCAGGCAGUGAGCGACCGAUUCGUUCUGGACUGGGACUCGGUUCUGGUCAGCUCGGAUAACGUCAUCGUGGCUCGUCUGGACGGCAGAGGGAGUGGCUUCCUGGGCCAGAGGGUUCUAUAUGAAGUCCACCAGCGUUUGGGAACCGUAGAGGUGCAGGAUCAAAUAACAGCUGUAGAAUACAUGUUGACAUUCCCGUACAUUGAUCGGACACGGAUAGGAGUAUUUGGGAGGGGUUAUGGUGCCUAUAUUACAUUAAUGAUGCUCAAAUCAACCGACAGCCUGUUCAAAUGUUCAGUAGCAAUGUCCCCAGUUACAGACUGGAAACUAUAUGCAUCAGCGUUUUCCGAGAGGUACCUUGGCAUGCCAUUACGCGACGACAGCAGAUAUCAGUUCUCCAGUGUGUUGCAGAACGUCCAGCCACUGAGGGAACAGACUCUGAUGCUUGUGCACGGCACAGCAGAUGCCAAUGUACACUUUCAGCAUACUGCUGAGCUCAUCAAGAACCUUGUGAAAGUUGGAGCAAACUACUCAAUGCAGCUCUAUCCAGAUGAGGGUCAUUUCCUGUCCCAGCGGAGUCGGCAGCACCUCUUCGCGUCGCUCACCAACUUCUACAGGGAGUGUCUCAAGGAAGAGAUCCUACCACUGCCCGAUGAUGAUGAUGAGGAGGAAGAGUAGGAGUAUGAUGUGUUGGGGACCUUCGGCAGGACUUUGGCAGGACUUCCUCUCUGUAAACAUUUGCUGAAGCCUGCACUAAAGGCUGGUGGCUUUUGGACCAAGUGUUAAGACAGAGGUGGACAGUGAGAGUUGCUGAUGCUUCUAGUGUGUGUGUCUGUGUGUGUGCGUGUGUACAUUAGAUAGUUUGUGUUAGUUUGAGAGAGAGAAUUUGAUAGUGUUUGUGCGUGUGUCUACGUAUGUACGUUUGUGUGUGCAUGUGUUUGCAGUCAGAGAACUUCCAAGGACACCUGUCAAAGACAAUGGAGACUGGCAUUGUCGAGACUACAAGCUGGAACUCUCACGUAUCCAAAAUGCCACUUCAAUCACCUUUCGGCAAAGCACAUAGCAGACUGCCUCCAUCUUCGAAGGGGGCCAUGAGGGUUGCAACAUCCACACUUGCAAGUGCAUGGUUCUUUUCCCGUUUCAGCUUCACUAGUUUUGCAAUGUUAGUCUUUGUUGUGGUAGUCAUUGGGAAGAGACAAACACAGAUGAAGUACCCUUUUCAAUUUCACCCCCUCAAUAUCUUCAGAGACAUACUGUAUGCAAUGCAAGUUCACCAUCACUGUGACGUUGUCCACAAAUAAGUACAUAAGACCGAAAGACAACAUACUGGCAUUCAUAGCCAUUCAUUAUUAGCAGCUUCAUACCAACCUGUGUCAGCUCAGUUCUUUGAGACGCAACAUGACAUAGUGAAGUCUCCAAGACAGUUAAUAUCAGUUAUAAAGUCAGGUCAUAAACCAGUUAUAACUCCAGUGAGUAGAGAGUGGUCACAGACGCCAUAAAAUGACAUUGUGUAGGGCUAAGUAAGGGGUUUGCAUGUCUACAGCAGAGUGUGUACAUACAUAUAUUUUUUAGAUAUGUCAGAUCUCGUGGAUAGGUUAGUCUAUGGGAAUGGAAUGAUUUGACCUGUAUGUCUUGUACAUUUUUCUGUUGAUUUUUCUUCCAAGGGUGGAUUUUGUAAUGCUUCUUCUUCUUCUUCUUCUUCUUCUUCUUCUUCUUCUUCUUCUUCUUCUUCUUCUUCUUCUUCUUCUU